GGCUUCUUUUAUAAGAUCAUAUGGACAGAUAUAUAUAUAUAUAUAUAUAUCAUAUCCUAACACAUCUCAGUUAUUGGUACAUGAAGCUGAUCAUCUACAGAUAUGUUCUAAAGAACUAAUCGUCUACAGAUAUGGAUGUUCACCACUUUCCAAUUAUUGGAUCAUUAAGCUAAUGCCCAAAACGAAUCUUUUGUAGAUAUGGAUAUCCACCACAUUCCAACACAUACCAGUUAGUCCAUGAAACUGAUGCCCGGAGCUAAUCUGGGUUUCUGUGAUCUGUGUAUGGGCUGGGCCUUCAACAUAAGGUUCCUUCCAACUUCCGUCCCUGUGGGCUUUAUUAAUAAACGUUACAUACAUUGACGGAUAACUUCAGGAUGUGCCCUUCUUUUAAACUCAUGCGAGAGGAAUAAAAACCCUUUGAAGAGCAAAUCCCCAAGUGUUUCAUUAUUCAGUUUGGCUAAUAUGUGCGCAUUCAGAGAUAUUAUUUUUUUUAAAUUAAGCCAAAAUGUUGAUUUUCUUAUUGUAUAAAGUGACGGUGAUCAUGCGGACUGAUGUAUAGAAAGACCUCACUGUAUGUAGAAAUGGCAACAUCUACUGCGACUAUGACUGCUAUGGAAGGUAACAAUACACUUAAAAUAUUGUAGUCAGCGUCGAUAAAAUUAUCGUUAUUAUGUAUUUAUCUGUAUUUUGCAUCUUCAUAUAUUUUAUCUGGCUUUUGCAUUUAAUAACUACCCUUUUCCUCCUCUUUCUGACAUGCACACCGUAUGACAUUUAGAACAGUAUCUUAUCGCUAGGGUCACUGACCCCCGCAAGGACAGAUUUAAAUGCUAGGCGUGGGAGAGCAGCAUAAAAAAAAUAAUUUAAAAAGCCACAAAGAAAACAAUGAGGCCCAGAAAUAAAGUGAUUGAGAUACCAUGUGAAACAUAAUAAAAGCUCAUUUUAGACAGUAUGGGGGGAAUGUACUUUUGCUGUAUUAAAGGAGAUCAUGAAGACCUACUAUGAACAGCAAAGAAACCAAUAUUUGGGUAACCCAUAGGUUUGCGAUUCGUGGUUGGUAGGGUUAUCACCUGACUAGUAUUUUACUGCCUCAGUGGGCCAAAGGGCAGAAGUAUUUCCAGAAUAAACCAAUGCAAAUAGGGUCACUGUCUUGGGUCCUGCAGAGCUACAGUUGUAGGUAGAAAGGGUAGGUGAUCACAGGCUUACCAGACCAAUAUGAUGUCGGUAGGACAAGAUGGCAGCAGUAACACAGCAACUGGCAGCUCAGAAUGGACGGUACUGAGUUAAACACAGACCGAAGGGGUCACAGGUUGGAUAGUAGCUGCCAUGGUCUGGUCCUGAUCUCUUCCCUUGCUCCUAGAGAUCUAGAAACAGGAUUUAUGAGGAUCCUCUUUCACAUCAUACAGUAAAUUAAGUUUUGGCUACCUACUUUGGAGAGCUGGGAAUGGAAAAGAGAUCUUUGGAAUGGCCACAAAUGCCCAAAUCGAAGGUGGAAAACUUUUAUGAGCAAUGUACUGCUCAAUGCCGGCAACUGCACUGGUGACUGGGUGGGAGACCUCAGGAGAGGACUACAAGAACCCAACAUCAAAGGCCCACUCUCAUAACUAUUAGAUGUAGACAUGUGCCAAACAAGCUUGUAGUGGAAAUGAGAAUUGGCUGAUAGAAGUUGUCUUUGGCUGUGGUCCAAGAGGAGAUAAAUUGGAAGGUCAGUCUACCCUCCCCCUGCCUUUUGACAUACUUGAACCAUCCUGCUCAGGGGGCACUGGUGCCGCCAUUUCUUUAUGUUCUGUGCAACAUGGUAGCCAUUUUGUAUUGCUGGUUACUAAGCAUUUAAGGACAUAUUACUAAGCCUUUGAGGACAUGGUAGCAGAGCUUCUGGAAUGAAAUAUGUUCUGCAUUGUUCCUUAAGGAUCAUGUGCUCUAUUGCGUUCAUUGGAUGUUAAGAAAAGAAGAUGGAGUCCCACUUAGUACUGGAGAAAGUUGGUCAACCUUUCAAAUUAAUGACCAACACAGUGCACAGAAUAAAGUCCACGGUAACACAUAUAUGUUAUAAUGAAUGAAAUUGUUCCCAGCAUGCCACUGGAAAGCUAAUUAUGGGUAAAAUGUAUUGAAGCAGAUAUGUUUCAUUAACAUGAUGUGCUCGUUCAGUGAGCUAACACAAUUAGCAUAAUGCGAGCUUGAGGUUAACGAAUACUGGCGUGAUUACAUUAGGGACUUUUAGUAUAUUCUAUACCUAUGAGUCCUAAUUUGCUCUGCCGUCUUUACACGUUGAAAAGGAAAUUAUCUCUGACUGCCAGUAGCGGGAUAAUCAUGAGGGGGCUAAGCUGCCUCCGGAGCUGCUUUUCUGUUUUGGGUAAACAGACCUUGCGGGUUCUAGUUUUUUAAAUAAAGCAACACUGGCUGAGCCUAUUUUUCUUUUUUUGUGAGCAAUGGUCAUGGAAGGUCCCAUUUUUUAGCUGUAAUGCACUGGGAUAACCAGUAGAUGGAACCAGUACUGAUUCCAGCUUCUCUAGCUAAUUGCAAACAUUCUAUAAUCUAAGGCCUGCUCAUCCCCAUGAAUAAAGUUCAGCUUGGUUCAGCCCACAACCAGGAAGUAAAUCAAGGAGGCAGUGGCAGAAAGGAGGUAAGUACUGCAGUCAGCUUUGGACCAUUUACCCACAUAGGUUCUCCAAUGGCUGAGGGUGCGGGUUCAGUUGAUCCCAGUUGAAAAAAAGAAGACUUUAAUUUUCCUUUAAUCUGUGCCAGCGUAUGAAACAAACAAGGACAGUGAUUGUGUUUCUUCCGUAUGUGGAAAUAUUCUGCUUGCUAUGGGUACCAUUAAUCUUUUUGUGCUCUGGAGAUACAGUUGGCAGCACCUACGGGAUUUGCUGUGCUUUCCAUCAAUUCCAUUUUCAGGGUUGAACCUGGUGGCCGAGUAAGUUAUUUCUUACCCAAAUGAAUUUUCUUGCAGCUUUCCUGCAGGAUGAGCUCUGGAUUAGAGAAAUAUUUGCUUUUAGUUAGUCCCUUUUUCCCGUUGCUCUUCAUAUUCUUCCCGUGAAACCCAAUUGUGGAUUUGUGAUCAUUUGGGAGUCGCAUCUAUUUUUAGCCUCUGUUUGGAUCUUGCAUCUUGACAGGCUGGGCAUUUGGAAAGCAACAGACAUAAUGCAGACUCUACGACUGUUUAAUGCAUCCAACAAGGGGCACUAAUGCUCGUUUCCAUGGGAUCAUUGCACGUUUGCAUAAUCUAGGAAUGGCUCUUUUCUAAACUGAAGCAGAUCUCUCCACUCCUGAGUGAAUUGCAGAGACCUAUGUAUGCCCCUUAAAUACAGAGCUGGCUGUGAUAGGUUCUGACCUGGCCCCUUGUAAAGCCAGACACAUUGAUAAAAUGAGUGUACCCCAGAAAUAUAUUGCUGCCUGGAAUGUAUUUAUGAUGGGUGGGUAGAGGGAGACACGUAGGGUUCAAUCCUCCAUCCCACUAACCAUUUUUUAAGUUGAUCAUCAUUCAGAUGUGAAAGUCAUAGAGUGACGUUGGCCGCAGUCCACAAUGGAGCCUUGUCGGAGUCUAGAUAGGGCUGCCUAGCAACCACGGCGAUCUGCUUUGGACCUAACUCUGGAAUUCCAAUCCAGCACUGAGUGCAACCAGACCCCAUAGAAGUUCAACGCAGAUUUAUUCUACAACCUCUCUGUCCCCUACUGGCCCUCAGCGAUGGAAAACGACACUUGGGAAAAUGAGUCAAGUGCCAGCAACCAUAGCAUUGAUGAAACCAUCGUGGAAAUUCCUGGAAAGUACCAAACAAUGGAAAUGAUCUUCAUCGCCACCGUUACUGGUUCUCUCAGUUUGGUCACGGUGGUGGGCAACAUCCUGGUCAUGCUCUCCAUUAAAGUCAACAGGCAGCUACAGACAGUCAACAAUUAUUUCCUCUUUAGCCUGGCCUGCGCUGACCUUAUCAUCGGUGUGUUCUCCAUGAAUCUCUACUCUCUCUACAUUAUAAAGGGUUACUGGCCGCUCGGACCUAUUGUGUGUGACCUGUGGCUGGCUCUGGACUAUGUGGUGAGCAAUGCUUCUGUAAUGAACCUCCUCAUUAUUAGUUUUGAUAGGUACUUCUGUGUUACCAAACCACUGACUUACCCAGCAAGAAGAACCACUAAGAUGGCAGGGCUAAUGAUUGCAGCCGCCUGGCUUCUCUCCUUUGUGCUCUGGGCCCCUGCUAUUCUCUUCUGGCAGUUCAUUGUAGGACAGAGGACAGUGCCAAGUGGGGAAUGUUAUAUCCAGUUUCUUAGCAACCCGGCAGUCACUUUUGGCACAGCCAUCGCUGCCUUCUAUCUUCCGGUGGUCAUUAUGACUAUACUCUACAUCCACAUCUCUCUGGCCAGCAGGAGCAGGGUCCGCAGGCACUGUCCGGAAACCCGUCAGGAGAAAAAAAAGCCAAUUAGCUCUAUGAAGAGCCUUCUAAUUAAGCAAACAAAGAACAUUCCCAAACAAGACGCUGGAGACAAGGUGGUUGAAAAAAAGAACGGGGUGAGCAAUGGCAAGAUUGAGAAAUCAAUGACCAACCUCCAGACAGCUGAAGAAAAGGAGACUUCAAAUGAAUCCAGCUCGGCCAGCCUAUCUCACAACCCUCCAGAGAAGCAGCCUUUAAGUGAGGCCUCUUCAGGGGUUGUCCUGGCCCCAACCCAGAGCAUGCCACCACUGCCAGCAAAAGCGAAUACCGCUUCAAAGUGGUCAAAGAUCAAGAUCGUCACCAAGCAGACAGGCAAUGAGUGUGUGACAGCUAUUGAGAUUGUUCCAGAAUGUGCCAUUCCUUUGCCUGAACAGGCCAACAACAGGCCAGUCAACGUCGCAAGAAAGUUUGCCAGCAUCGCCCGCAACCAGGUCAGAAAAAAGAGGCAGAUGGCAGCCAGAGAGAAGAAGGUAACCAGGACCAUCUUUGCUAUCCUACUGGCCUUCAUCAUUACCUGGACACCGUACAAUGUCAUGGUCUUGAUCAACACCUUCUGCCAGACUUGCAUCCCAGAAACAGUUUGGUACAUUGGGUAUUGGCUCUGCUAUGUCAACAGCACCAUAAACCCAGCCUGCUAUGCCCUUUGCAAUGCCACCUUCAAGAAGACUUUCAAACACCUCCUCAUGUGUCAGUACAAAAGCAUUGGCACAGCCAGAUAGGCAACAUAGACUUUUCUAUGAGUUUGCUGACCUGUUGGCAAGAAGCAGGUAUUUCAGAAGCCUUGAGCAUGAUACGCCCGGCGAGCAAGUCUUCUGAAAUGCCCCAGUGCCGACAGAGGCCGGUGCCAGAGAUUCCAACGGAAGGAAUUUGCACUAGUAAUGAGCUGGCAGUUAGGCAGAUGGGAAGUUGCAAUUGUACAGUCAAGUACCCGGGAUAAAGACAUGUACAAAGUCAAGACAAACUGAUUGUGUGCCACACUGAGGAGGGCAGUGGGCAACAACCAAGCACCUUGUGGUUUACAAAUUCUUCAGUCUGAGGCUCUCCGGCAGAUUUUCAAAUUCCGUUACCCAAUAGACUUAGUCUGGGUGGGGCUGAAUUGAACAGUGGCCAAGUAUCCCCUUCUACCUUUACAUGGAGCUUUGGUUUCUUGCAGACACUAAUGAGCUGUUGUCUCAACUCACUGUGACGAAUGGUUUAUUAAAUCAACUGUACGCUCCCUAUAAAGGGGUACUUUCAAAAUACAUGCCACCCCCCUUUUUAUCAUCCCAUCCUUCCUUUUGUUUCUUUACAAAGGCUUCAGUUCUCUAUGUUGUUUUGCCUGCUUUGCUUCAGCUCUGCUUUCCUAUACCUGGUACAAUACCCUUGGCAUCUGCUGCCCUCUAGCUGCAGGUUGUAGAAUUGCAGAAAUGCGCACCAGUAGCCACCACAGCCAGUCUGCCCAGUAGCCACCACAUUCCAGCAGCCUACAAUGGAGGGAGCUCUACAGAAAGCCUACAGAGUGCCAAUCAAGUGUGGAGCCAAAGACAGGCCAGAGAGUCUGGACUCCAGAAGGAUUUUACUUGACUACCAGCUUGGGUAACAGUUUGGGUAACUGGCAGAAUCCUCCUGUGCAUGGCAGGACUACCCACAGGUUUCACAGUUUCUAUACUAAACCAGUCAUCCCUUAUUAUCUGUUUCCUUCUUGCUGGAUAAGCACUUUUCGGAUGAUUCCUCAUUAUUAUUAUUGUUAUUAUUAUUAUUAUUAUUCCAUAGGGAUGUGGUGUGGUUGGACUGGGUGGUGGGUAAUUUCUCGUCUGAUUCCCUUUUUCACUUUCAACUGUAAUGGAAAUACAGUGAGGGGAAUUGGCAGUUGUACAAACAAUUCAUUUCCUCUCAGCAUUGCUCUAUAUAAAUAAUUAAGUAGGGGCUGCCAUAAUGCUUAUAUAGUCUGAUUUAGUGUGGUUUAAUACAGGAGCACCAUUUCAACUACAGGUAUGGGACCUGUUAUCCAGAAUGCUUGGGACCUGGGGUUUUCCGGAUAAUGGAUCUUUCUGAAAUUUGGAUCUUCAUACCUUAAGUCUACUAGAAAAUAAUGU